UCUCGUUCAAAUACGUUGAAUGAAUUUUUAGGAAUAAAAACUAGAGAAAGUUUUUUUUUAUUUGUGAAGCAAAAGUAGAAGGGUAAGAGGAUUGAAAGACUAAAAUAUCUUUCCUUUGCGUUUUUCUUUUACUAGUACGUUUCGUCGACGAUUUUUGUUUGUUUGUAUGUAGCGUAGUUCUAAACAGUGGCCAAAGUAACCACCAAAAAAAUUUGGGAAAAAAGAAAGAAAGGCCUGUAAGGCGGAUUCCAGGUCAGCAAUUCUAUCAGUUAAUUAAACUUUUUUUCUUAAUUCGUGUCCGUCUGUCUUUUUGCUCUUGUUGCAAGUCUAGCAAAGGACUGUAGCCUUUUGCCAAAUUACAAUAAGUCGCCUCCUUUUUAUUCCGUUUGAAAAAUAAAAGAGAUCGCUGAAUAACUUAUCUUGUCUUUCUACCGAAAACAAUAUUGCCUUGGUGAUUCUUGCACUUGCAAUUUGUGGGCAUACUUGGUUUUGUUUGCUAUUUAUUUGCGGACUCAUAAAGUUUUGAUUUUAUGAUCAAGACAGAGUAUUCAUUGAGAACAUUAUAAACUGGGUUUAAUUAUUGGAAUACCACGCAUUCUCAGUUCUCAUAAAAUUGAUUCACAAUGGCUGACGAAGCUGUUUACGUUCUAACAGAUUAUCUGCAGUCCUUGGAUAAUCUUCCUGAUGAGACAAAGCACACAUUCGAUGAGAUAAGCGUUAAGGAAAUGGCACUUCAUGAUUUAGGAAAGCAAAUUCAAGCAGCAGAUCAACAAAUUCAAUCACAUGUCAAAUCCCUGGGUUCUCAUGUUCCCCAUCCCAAGGAAGAAUCUCUCUACAGCUCUAUAAGAGAAAAAUAUGAAAAGUCCAUUAUUAUACAGAGUGAAAAGGUUCAGCUUGCGGAGCGCGCACGAGUUGUUUUGAUGAGACAUAUCAAACGCUUGGAUGAUAAGCUCAUGAAAUUGGGUCCUGGUUUUACUCCGGCAGAAUUAUUGAGUCAAGCGAACGACCUAAAUUUUUCUUCAGCUUCUUUAAAUUCUCCUGUUGGUGUUAGUGCUCGCCAAGUGCCUGCUCAAGCUCGGAAUGGUACUGGACGGCGGCAAAGUUCGGUUUUUGGCCGAACUGCUUCACAGAAUGGAGGAGUCCAGCAGGGCAUGGUGGAUGGUGCUAGCGCUGGCGCUGGCCGGUCACAAAAGGCUUCAGGUACAAUUUCUAAAGCCCCCGGUGUCAAAGCCGGAGCUGCUGCGUAUAGUGAAGUCGUGUCUGAAGAAGAAGAGGAUCAGGAAGAAGAGGAUAAUGAGAAGUAUUGCUUCUGCCAACAAGGAUCUUAUGGGCAAAUGGUUGCUUGCGAUAAUGAAGAUUGCGAACGAGAAUGGUUCCACAUGGAAUGCGUUGGAUUAAAGGCGCCGCCAGAGGGUACUUGGUAUUGCGAAGCAUGCCGUGAAAAAAUGGGUAAUUAAACAAAAACUUGCCGUUUCAUUCCCUUGCUUUAAUUCAAAUCAGGAAUUUUAGCGAUUGUAGAGCUAUAUAUAAGUUUUCGUACAAAUUGUUUAUAGUAGAUAAUCAUUCAUGUAUUAAUAAUAAUAAUAAUUUCUAUUAUUUAUAAUUGG